UUCGCUCUCUCUUCCCCUCUCUUUCUCUCUCUUACUCUGUACCUUUUCCUUGCGCUUUUUGCAUGCGAUAAUUCGUUACGACAUCACAAUCGCGCCGGUAAAGCAAAAGAGAGAGAGAGUGGGGGCUCACUCUCACUGUUUGCAGCCACGACCGCCUCUUUCGAGUUUGUUAAAGUUGCAACUGGCGAACGGUCGCGAACGAGUGCUGUGCAACAAACGCGACUGUGUAAUUCUUUGACAAUUUCUCUGUUGCCUGAUUGAGUAGAAAAUUCGCAGUUAUGGAUCAGGUUGUCCAGGCGGAUGUCACCUGCGACCCAAAUUACGUGCCAUCCGCUAUUCAACUUGUAGAAAGUUUAAAUGCAUUUGGAAUCGGCUUGCUCAGCAUCGGAUCGGUAUUCUCGAUUCUUACGUUGUAUUUUGCGGUUGAUGCCUGUCACAAUAUUCUUUCCCAAAAGGAUUCAAGGUUUUACAAAGCAAACGCCAUCACGAUCCUAUCGGUGUAUCCAGUCGCUAGCGUUUGCAGUCUCACGGCUAUCGCGAUACCAAGAGGCCAGCUACUCUCGGAGGCAGUGACUCAGAUUUUCCUAAUGAUCUGCCUUUAUCGGCUCUAUCUUCUACUGCUGGAUGUCGGUCGUCGAAAGAUCAGCGAGACACCGACGCUGCUGCUGCGAGUCGGGCCCUGUUGCUGCUGGCCCUGUCUGCCCUUUCCGGACCUUCCGAUGACCGAUGCCAAUUUAUCCUGGCUAAACAUCUUGGCCCUGCAGCUUCCAAUCGUCCAAAGUCUCCUUUACUUUAUACUUCUCUUCAUAGGGGUUGAAGAGCCGAUACUUGUCACGCAGUACAGUUUAUACCUUCAGCCAGUCAUGGUUCUCAGUAUACUUUUAGGAUUGUACAGUUUAACGAUCGUUACAAAAACCUUGCAUUUGGCAGCUCCAGAUGCGAAAUUACGAUACAAAACGGUGGUGUUGCAACUGGUGCUAUUGUUUUCCAAAUUGCAGUUGGCUAUUAUCAAAAGUCUGCCGAGCACGGGUCUGUUUCCGUGCAAUCCACCCCUCACUCCGGCAACUUAUGCUAAUGUGACGUUUAACACGUUGAUGCUAGUUGAGAUGCUAGCUCUGUGCUACGUUGCCCGGCACGUAUAUUACGUCAAUUUGGAGAAAAACCAAGAAACAGACGCGAUAGAUCGCAGGACAUCGAAUCAAGCGGAGCCGAGCAGCAACAACGACGGUAAUAAGCAGCUUCCAGCUUCAAUGGUGUCGAUCGCGUGACAGGCUCGAAGUGUCAACUGUCGGAUUAUUUUCCUCGAUGAAUUCGAAUUUUCAUCACAGAAAUUCCUGAAAUGCGUUCCAAGCGCGCUUUUCAAUCGGCAGACACAACGCGAGCGAAAAGUCAGCAUUGAUAGGUACAAGAGGGAAGUGCAAAUUAAUAGUACGUGGAUACGUGUCAGGGUAAAUGCUCUUACCUCUUGGUCGAUAAAAUCCAUUUGCGUCACGCUUGAAUCUUUUUAUAAGUAUUAUAUGUUGUGUUGUGGCUCAUGGGUAUUAGAUUAAGAUUCUAUGAUAGUCGCUGUGUGUGUAUGUGUGUGUACGUGUGUGUAAUUUGAGAGAGAUUUAAAUACAUUAUAUAGAAUGUUUUAUAUAGAUGUAUAGAUAUUAUAGACAGAAUCGAGAUUCUCUUUCUUUAGAUACGUUUCCUUGUAAAUAAUAAUUUUCGUAAAAUUAGAAUUAAUGUAGCAUAUUUAUAUAUACCGAUAAAAAGACCUGCUUUUUUCAAUA